GCUCUUGGCCUCCUCGUGGGGGGGGGGGCCUUCCGCUCACACCGGCUCCUUUUGAGAAGCCUGAAGUCCCGCCCCACCGCUGUUGGGCUGGCAGCCGCUCCAGCCCCACGGCAUGGAGGAAGCUCCCUCCCGCCCACCUGAGUCCCGCCUCUGCCCCCCCCGCCGAAGGCAGCCGGCCACAGCCCCUUCUGUGCAAACAGGGCCCUGCCCAGGGGGGCUGCCGCACCUGCCGGAGGUCCCUCUGGGUGUGGCGGCCCCUUUGUCCUCCCUUGCCCAGCCUUGCUUCGGGGUGAGGCGGGAGCCCGUAUGAAAGGCAGGCUCGGAGCCGCCCCGCCCAGGAGAGGGUGCCAGCAGCCAUGGGGCUCCCCGGGGGGCUCUGGCUCUGGCUGUGGGUCGGGGCGCAUCUCGCCCAGGGGCCGGCGGCAGGGCCCUCCUGCGCGCAGCGGGGUCCUCCGCGGGCGGCCGGGCCCUGCUACCAGCUGGUGCGCCUGCCCAGGGCCUUUGCAGCCGCCCGGCUGUGGUGCCGGCAGCACGGCGGCCAGCUCCUCCACCCCUGGGGCCAGCACGGCAAGGACUUCCUGCAGGCCCGCCUGGGCAGCGGGGAGAAGAGCUGGGUCGGGCCUGCCGCCGAGGUGCCCCAAGAAGGACAGCAGGGCCACAGCAGGGACCGUAGCCAGGGACUCUCGGCUGACUGCUGGGCCGUCGUCCAGACGGGGGGCCGCUUCCAGGCGAGGCGGGAGGCGUGUUUGGAGGAGCUUUUCUUCACCUGCCAGUUUGGUCUCCACAGGAUGCCCCGAGAUGUUCCUUCUGCUCCCCGGCAGUCCCCUUGCAGGAGGAUGGCGUGCCGCCGCCCGAGGCAGAGGACUGAAGCGGCCUCCCCCAGCCUCACCGGAGCACCAGCGUCUGCCCCUCUGAGCGCCACCCAGCCAGGAGCCACCGCUGGUCCACAGUCUGGCGCCCACCUCCUGAGCAGCACCCACGGGCAGCCUGUGGCCCCGCCCACCACGGCCACCCAGCCAGCCCUCAGGACCAGGCCUGGGCGCAGCACCCAGGAGCAGCCGGGCAGCCAGCUGGGAACGGCCGCCCAUCACCUGCCUGGCCACCCGCCUCACACCGUCGCCCAGGCAGGAUCCAGCGGGCAGCCCCGGCCCGGCACCUGGGCCCCCAGCAGCCCCCUGAGCCUGCCGACUCUUCUGCGCCUGGGAGCUCCCUCCAGCUUCCAGCCUGGGCCAGGGCCCGGCACGCAGCCCCGGCCCGCCAGCAAGGCAGCCACGGAGAGCACAGGCAACCCGAAGCAGCCUUCUGUCCCCGGAGCCUCCCCGUGCAGCCCGCAGGGCGUCCCACCUGGGGCCGAGGAACAGGCCUUGGAGGAGCUGCUGCUCCAAUUCAACCGGACUGUGCAGGCCCCGGACCGCCCGCUGGUGCUGGAGGGGGCAGCCCAGGACCUGGAGAACCUGACGGGCUCCCCCCAGCUGCUCUCCCGGGCUGCCCAGGCUUCUGCCAGCCACGCCCUCCUCUUCCUGAGCUCCCGGCUGGUGCAAGACGUGUCGGCCUGCAAUGUCUCCUGCGUCAGUCCUGCGGGGGUGGCUGCCGCUCUCUUCCGGGCCCUGGGCGGUCUCCUCCAGGCCCUGGAUACGGACAGGCCUGGCAGCUCCAGUGGGAGCCAGCAACAGGAGGGGGCAGCCCUGAGGGAGGCCCUGGCCGCCCUGCCUCUCGUCCAGCGGGCGCUCCUGCUGAGCCACUCCCCGCUGCUCCCAGAGUCCUCUCUGACGGUGACCUCUCCUGCGCUCAGCACCACUCUCAGCAGCUGCAGUGCUGCCUCCCUGCCUCACACCUCCUACCACCUGCCUCAGCCGACGCCCCUGACGGUCACCUUCCCAUCAGCCUCUGCUCUGGCCCCAUCUCUGAGCCCACACAGCCAGGUGCAGGUCCAGGUGGCCUCCUUCGCGCUCAACCCUUUCAGGCGCCUGGACAAGAUGCCCAUGGACAGCGUGGCGAGUGUUGAUCUCGUUGCCCUCGAGGGGCCCAUCCACAUCCAAGGCCUGGCGGAGGAAAUAGAGAUUGAGCUUGGCCGGGAGGUGGCUGCUGAGGCCUCAUCGCCCACUGCUCUGGCCGGCAGCUUUGCGCGCUUUGGCCUGGAGGUGAACAUCACGUCGGCAGAAGAUGCCUUGUUGGUUGCUGUGAAGCCCAGAGGCCCGCUCCAGAUCACCUUGUGCCUGGGUUCCCGGCCCCACAGCAACAGCUGCCUCCUCAACACCACCCUGCCGAGGGGCAGAUGGCAAGAGGAGGGCGCCUACGUGUGGGUGGUCCCCCCAGAGAAGCUGCACUGCGGUCCAGGCACCUGCUACAUCUCUGCAGAGGUGGCCCCCGGAUCCCAAGGCCACCGGGACCUCUCCAUCAGCACCAUCCGCACGGGCUGCUACCACUGGGACAGCCAGCAGCAGGCCUGGAGCAGCCGCGGAUGCCAGGUGGGCCCCCGGAGCACCCUGGGCAGCACCCACUGCCUCUGCAGCCACCUCAGCUUCUUCGGCCGCGUCUUCCUGGUCCUUCCGCACACGGUCAACCUUCAGCAAGCCGGCCGGCUCCUGAGCCGCGUGGGCCGGAACCCAGCCGGGCUGGCCUUGCUGAGCAGCCUCUUGCUGGGCUACGGAGCGGCCUUCCUUUGGGCCCGCUGGAGGCAGAGGAGGGAUGCGGGGAAGGUGAAGGUCACGCUCCUGGCAGACAACGAUGCCCGCGCCUGCUACCCCUACCUGGUCCAAGUCUUCACAGGCUUCCGCCCACGGGCAAGCACCUCGGCCAAGGUCACCCUGACCCUCUACGGGGCGGAAGGACGGAGUGAGGCUCACCUCCUGCAGCACCCGCCGAGUGGGCCCUGCUUGGAGCGGGGGGGGAUGGACGCCUUCCUCCUCGCCACGCAGAAGCCCCUGGGGGACCUGCACGCCAUCCGCCUCUGGCACGACAACUCGGGGCCCAGCCCUAGCUGGUUUGUGCACCAGGUGACGGUCAGUGCCCUGCCAGCCAGGCAGAAGUGGCACUUCCUGUGCGAUUCCUGGCUGGCAGCCGACCUGGACGAUGGCCAGCUGGACAGGGUCUUCGUAGCCGCCUCCGAGAAGGAGCUGCUCUCCUUUGGACACCUGUUCUGGGCAGGGCUGGUGGAGAGGCUGACCCAGGAGCACCUGUGGCUGUCGGUGGGGACCUGCUCGCCCUGGAGCCCCUUCACCCGCCUCCAGAGGCUCUCCUGCUGCCUGGCCCUCCUCCUCUGCUCACUGCUCAUCCACAUCAUGUUCUGGAGAGCACAGCAGGCCGACGACGACGACGGGCCCCACUCCGAGCCAGGGCCCUUCCUGGUGACUUGGCAGGAGCUGGUGGUGAGCGUGGAGGCCUCCGCCUUGCUCCUGCCGCUGCACCUGCUGGUCGUGUCCCUCUUCCAGCUGCUCCAGCCCCCUGCCCUGCUGCCGCUGCCGCCUCCUGCUGCUGCCUCAGCCACCGGCACCAGAGUCCUGCCUCCCCAGCAGGUCUCCAGAGCCGUGCGCCUCCUGCAGGAGCUGACAGAGACGGUGGGCUUCCUCCACAAGAACCGGCUCUGCCAGCACAGAGGAGGCGCCGCCGGACCCUGGGGGUCUCUGGAGCAAGUGCCUGAGCUGGUGGCUGCCCUCUGCCACCUCGCCUGCUCCUACCUCCAGUGCCUGGGGGACCCAGCGGAGACACCCCCACAGGGAAGGGCCUGCCACCUGCUCCGCUACCUCAGCCACACGGUCUGCGACUUGGAGGCCCAGCUGCGUGGCCUGGACGGGGGCCACCUCCUUCGUCCCUGUGACCACCUGCAGGCAGCGGAGCAACUAGGCCAACUCCGGCAGCGCCUGCAGCAGCAGCAGCAGCAGCCCCGGCCCAGCCCUGAGGACCCCCGGAGCCCUUCCUGCCUCCCCACACCCAGCAGCCUCCGCAGCAGCUUCCCCAUGGAGGACCCCCCCGCCGGGUGGAGGCCGCCCCUCUCCCGCCAGCUCCCCCGGAGGUGGGGCUUCAUCUGCUGGCUGCUUUGGGGGAGCACCUGCCUGCUGGCCGCCUUCUUCACGGUGCUGUACAGCCUGGAGCUGAGCAGGGGUCAGGCCACCCACUGGGCCCUCACCAUCCUGCUCUCCCUGCUGCAGAGCGUCCUCCUGCUCCAGCCCCUGAAGGCGCUGGCGCUGACUGUCAUCUUCUCGCUGCUGCGGAAGAGGGAGAUGGGGCAAGGCCGAGCACGGGAGCAGCAGCUGCAUCGGGCCCUUGGCCGCCUCCUCAGGGAAAGGCCCCUGCCCUUGACCACUGCUGGCCGAAGGGACUGGAGCGACCCCGUCUACAGGCCUCCCACCCUCAGGCUGAGGGCGCAGCAGACGCAGCCGGCGGAGGCGAAGAAGCAGCAGCAGCAGCAGCUGUACUCCUUGCUCCAAGAGAUCGUAGUGCAAGUGGCGUUCCUGGCCGUGCUGAUGGUGCUCAGCUACACGGAGAGGAGCCCCAGUGAAUUCUACCUGACUGACGUCCUCCAGAAGAGCUUCACGCCCCAGCUGGGCCGCGUCCAGACCCCAGCGCAGCUCUACUCCUGGGCCAGGAGCACGCUAGUGCCCGGCGUCUAUGGCGAUUCCAGAGGUCUGGCCAUGAACGGAAACUCUUUCCUUGUGGGCAGCCUGCGGCUGCGGCAGAUCCGGGCUGAGGGAGCCCCACGGAGGCCUGGAGCGGCUGCCCCCCUGCCCCUGCGCCGGCCCUCCACCAGCCACCCGGAGGAGGCAGAGGAGGGGUCCACUCCCACCUGGGGGCCUCCUAGCCCAGCUGGGGGCGUGCAGGAGAGUGCCUGGAUAUACCAGAGCGAGGCCGCCCUGCAGGAGUCUCCCGUCUGGGGGAAGCUCGCUCUCUACCCUGGCAGCGGCUACCUGGCAAACCUUGGCACAAAUGCCAGCCAUGCCGAGAGCUCCCUUCGGUACUUGGAGCAGAAUCGUUGGCUCGACAGGCAGACGCAGGCCCUCUUCGUGGAAUUUGUGGUCUACAACGCAAACGUCAACCUCUUCUGCGCAGUCACGCUGCUCCUGGAAGCCAACGGCGGAGGGGCCUUCCUCGGCUCGGCUGAGCUGCAGAUUCUGCGCCUCUACCCCAACACGCAGAGCUUGGUCCAGCUGGCCUGUGCCCAUGUCACCUUCCUCCUGCUGCUCUUGUACUACGUCCUGGUGCAGGGCCAGCGCCUGAAGCAACAGAAGGGGAGGUACUUGGGCCAGAAGGAGAACCUGCUGGACGCGAGCACCCUGCUCUUCAGCGUGGCUGCUGUCAGCCUUCACGUGAAGAGAGGCCUCCUGGCCAAGAGCAUCCUGCGGAGGAGGCGCCAAGACCGGAGCAGCUUCAUCAGCUUCUAUGAGGUGGUGAAGGUGGACACUGGGCUCACCUACCUGCUUGCCUUCCUGGUGGCCCUGACGACUGUCAAGCUCUGGCGUCUCCUCCAGCUGAAUCCCAGGAUGGGCCUCAUCACACAGACCCUGCGGAAGGCCUGGGGCGAGGUCUUGGGCUUCCUGCUGGCGCUGCUGGUGCUCCUGGUGGGCUAUGCCAUGGCGUGCAACCUCAUGUUUGGGUGGAACAUCUUCAACUACAAGGCCUUUCCGGACGCGGCUGUGACCAUCGUGGGCCUGCUGGUGGGGAUCUUUGACUAUGUGGAGGUCAUUGCCUUGGACCCUGUGCUGGGCUCCCUGCUGAUUUUCACCAGCGUCGUCUCCAUGGUGUUUGUGAUCAUGAACCUCUUGGUCUCUGCGCUUCUGACGACCUUCGGCAGGGAGAUGAAGGCUGCCCAGGCCUGCAAGGAGGAGUCCAUGAUGCAACUGAUCCAGCUGAAGAUCGCCCUCUUGUUUGGAAUGAAGCGACGGGCUGCACCCCCCACAGAAGCCCCAAACGAGGCCCAAGACUGAAACUGCACAGCCUCCCCAUCCCCAGGGACCCCAUUUCCUAAACACCACCCCCAACGCAGACCUCUGAGCUAGCAGGGAGAUCUGGAAAGGGUGGAGCCUAGCCUUCCACGUCAGACCCUGGGUUUGGUCUCAGACCAAAGGUGUCUCCUCCCGCACCACAAUCUAUUUCCUGUCACAACUACUUCCAGGCACACGCUCUGCUUUAGCAGUUGGGGAAAGCGGAGGCUGCUCACAUGACCUGAGAAAAGCCCAGUCAGGGAACCCCCACCCAGGAGACACUUGGGCCCCCUGUUGACUCACCAUUUAGUCCAACUGUCUAAUGAUGAAGCCCACCUUCUGCAGAUUCAUUUUAAACCUUGAGAAUAAGUUCCCACCGGCAACUCACACCUGCCUGUGCAUGCCAUCUCGUACAAGGAGACAAAGAGGGCUGGCUGGCUGGCAGGCAGAGAUUGGCUAAGAAAUCGCAUCAAUAAUAAUAAUAAUAAGACAAGAGUGGGCCACAGAGAUGGGCAUAGGACUCCUUGGGCCAGGCUUCAGCCCAUUUAACAUCUGACAGACGAGGAUCAAAGGGGGGUGUUCGCAGAGUUUGACAUUAUAUUCUUCUUCUAGCAGGCUAGUUUCCUCCUUUGCUUUUGGGGGUAGGAAGGCAAACUCACAUUUUGCCAAGCAGCAAAAUGUUUCCUCUUCGAGAUCCGUCCCACGAGCCGAUGAGUGGCCCGAAGGCUCUCCGGUCCUCCACGGGAUCCCACCUCCCAAAGCGGAACGGCCUCUUCCCUGCUUCAACACAGCAAACAGGAUCCACCAGCUUUGAGCAAACAGCCUCAGUGUCAGGCUUCAGGUGCCCUGGCCCUACAGAGGGGCCCACUUGCUCAAGGCAGACAGGCAGGAGGGGGGGGCAGUAAGGGCACCUGCAGCCCCCACCACCACCGGUUACAUGGGCUGCUGCCCACAACGCCAUCUGCAGAGCAGGAAUACUUCAGUGGAAAACCCGAGAAAUCCCCACCAGAGAUGGGGUGAAGACUCUCCUUGGCACACAGCUGUGCCCUGCACCUGCUCCUGGGAAUGAUCCAGAUCACAAGCCUUGCCCUGACAAAAGCAGCCCUUUGUGUCCUUUCAGCCAGAGUUUGCUUGCUUUCCUCAAUAAAGACCACUCCUUCCUGGAAAACAA